AUGAGCUCAUUGAAAGGCCAAGAAGUUCAAAAGAAAGCUAUCUUUAAACCAUUACUAUCAAAUCCCUAUACUUGUCGUAAUAAAUGGCCUACAGUGGAUCAUCAAUUACAGAAGGAUCUACUAACUGCACUGGAAUCAAACGUCUUAGAAUCCAUAAAAACUUGGAAUAGUCUAACUCGAGAGGAAAAAAGAAAACAUCCAGAACUAAAAACAAAUGAUGCAAAUGAUAUUCUUACCGGGUUCAAUUCUAUCAUGAAAUGCCUUGAAACUCAGAUUCAAUCAAUUAUUAAGAAACAAACAAUUGAAAAUAGGAUCAAAGUUCUCUUUGUCUGCAAAUUAGAUAUAUCAUGUAAAUUACUAUAUCUCCAUUUACCAACAGUUUGCGCUUUGGCUAAUGUUAAGUUAGUGUCGAUGCCUAAGGGGUCUAGUAAAAGACUAUCAAAUGCUUUGGGAUUGAAAAAUGAAGUACAACUAUUAGCAAUUCGUGAAAAUUUAUACAAUAAAAAUAAAUUUCUGUCAUUGUCUGUUGAUUCUCAAGUUGAGGACUUGAGUGUUGGUUUUAUCGAGAACAUAAAAAAUCCAAAGCUCGAUAUGGAUGUCAAAUACGUCUUGACUGAAAUGCCAAUUGUGAAAAAGAAUAAUCAUAACAACAAUAACAAAAACAAGAUAAAGAAGAGCAACAAUAAUAGCCAUAAUAAUAAUAGUAAGGAUACUUAA